AUGUCGGAGUUUUGGUUAAUUUCUGCCCCUGGCGAUAAGGAAAAUUUACAAGCUCUGGAGAGGAUGAAUAUUGUAACCUCCAAGUCCAACCUGUCUUAUAAUACCAAGUUCGCUAUUCCUGACUUCAAGGUAAAAUCCCUGGGGAGGAGGAAGGAGGUGAAGGGUGGGCUAGGAAAAUUAAACACCUACGCUUCAAGCCUCAUAAAGAGGAUGGCCCAGAGCGUGGCAGAAGUCAUGGAAGACUCAAAGGGGAAGGUCCAGGAGAACCUUCUGGCCAACGGAGUCGAUUUGACGUCCUUUGUGACCCACUUUGAAUGGGACAUGGCCAAAUAUCCCGCAAAGCAGCCGCUCGUGGGCGUGGUGGACACCCUAGCGAAGCAACUGGCACAGAUUGAGACGGACCUGAAGACCCGAACGGCUGCCUACAACACUCUGAAGACCAACCUGGAGAACCUGCAGAAGAAAUCCAAGGGGAACCUCUUCACCCGGACACUGAGUGACAUUGUGAGCAAAGAAGACUUCGUGCUGGAUUCUGAAUAUCUUGUCACCCUUCUGGUUAUCGUCCCCAAACCAAACUACACACAAUGGCAAAAAACCUACGAAUCUCUCUCGGACAUGGUAGUCCCUCGGUCGACCAAGUUGAUUACCGAGGACAGUGAGGGCGGCCUCUUCACAGUGACUCUGUUUCGAAAAGUGAUUGACGAUUUCAAAACCAAAGCCAAGGAAAACAAGUUCACUGUCCGUGAAUUUUACUAUGAUGAAAAAGAAAUCAAGAGGGAAAGGGAAGAGCUGACCAGGCUGCUGUCUGAUAAGAAGCAACAGUAUCAAACUUCCUGUGUUGCUCUUAAAAAGGGAUCAUCCACCUUCUUGGACCACAAGGUUAAGGUAACCCCGCUAGGUCACCCCGAUAGGCCCGCCACGGGGCAGACCGACAGAGAGAGAGAGAGUGAGGGCGAGGGCGAGGGCCCCCUGCUGCGCUGGCUCAAGGUGAACUUCAGCGAAGCCUUCAUUGCCUGGAUCCACAUAAAGGCCCUGAGAGUGUUUGUGGAGUCCGUGCUCAGGUAUGGACUACCAGUGAACUUCCAGGCAGUGCUCCUGCAACCGCAUAAGAAGUCAUCCACCAAACGUUUAAGAGAGGUUCUAAACUCUGUCUUCAGACAUCUGGAUGAAGUAGCUGCUGCAAGUAUUUUGGAUGCAUCUGUGGAGAUCCCUGGGUUGCAACUCAAUAAUCAGGACUACUUUCCUUACGUCUACUUCCACAUUGACCUUAGUCUUCUUGACUAG